AUGCCCCUGCUCAGGCGGCAAGUACUCCAGAAGGUGUUCGUCACGGAACGCCUCAAGGAUGGCGACGAAGUCUUCUUCUGCCAGCCAACCGGCGAGAUGUUCAGCAGCUACGAGGACUACUUUCAGCGCAUUAUGCUUAUAUCGUCGAUGGUGUGGAGUUGCGCGAUGACUGGAAGGCCAAACCUCACGUAUUCUGAAGCACUCGACUCGGAGAAGGCAGCCAGGAAGCUGCUAAAAACGUUUCCCGCCGCCGUUAAAGGCCCAUUUCUCUUGGUUGCCUCCCACACGAAACGCUCGUCGAUAAACGAGAUGCACGAAGACGUGUACAGUUUCGUAAAGGAUCAACUGUUCAAGGGUGAAAUCGUGGACGCCUUGCAUGAAAUGAAGAAAGUAAUACGCAGGGCCGUCAUAGCCAACGUAUUAGUAGACAGCGCCUCGAACCGGUUGAUGUACCAAGUGGUGGCCAACGAUAAUACGCUACCGAAAGCAUGGAUCGUCCCACCGGAGAACCUAAAGCGCGACCGAAGCUCCCUGACCAGGGACAAAUGCAAGCUCUUCCUGAAGCAGCACGUCGAGGCUGGCCCGGGAGGCCAGCUACGCAUAAAAGCCGACUCACUCAGCAAGUACGUGAUCGAAGAAGGCUGGACCGACGAUCAAGUGUUCUUCGGAAAGGUGCCCGACUUUGAGCAAUCGAAAAAGCUGAAAAUGCUCGCGGAACGUACCGCGGGCGCGCCCACGAGCAAACCGAAGAAAAAACCCGCCGUUGCUAAAGAUGGCAAACCGGGGGCGGCGGCGAUGGUGACGGACGGCAAGCAGCAGACAAAAUCGAAGAACCAGAAAAAAGACCGCUCGGCGGGCACCGAAAAGGGCAAAAAGAAAAAAGGCGUAAAGGGCAAGCAGCAGGGUAAGGGUUCGGACACAGCUGCGGCACCGAACAAUGAAGCCCGCUCGAAACAGAUGGCGGAGGAGAUGGAGGCACUGCGGCGAAAGGUGGAGCAGCAGGCGCUGGUGAAAAAGCGCCACGAGGAGGAGAAAGCGCUGCUGCUGCAGCAAGCCACGUUGGCGCUGAAAAAGUACAACGCCGUGCUGGAAGACCAAGAGCUAACGGAUCAGCGCCCAAUGCCGCCGGUCCGCCCCGUCCAGUCCCUAAUCGCGCCCAAGUACUUCAGCACUUACGUCUUCAUCCUCGAGUUUCUCAACUCGUUCGCGGAUCUGCUCUCGAUACGCAGCAAAUUCUCGAACGGGCUGACGAUGCACCUGCUCGAGCGUGCCCUCAUCCUGCGGGAAGUGAACGGACCGCUGAGCGACAUCUUUCAGGUGCUGCUGAGUGCGAUCUUCACCCAGCAGGUGGACGAAGAGAACGAGCUCGAUAUGCGCAUCGAUCGCGUGGAGAAUCUCAGCCAAAAGCGGUACACGGUGCCGGAACAGGUGCGAGCACACGAUGUGGCCGUGUGGUGCAAAAAGCACUACUGCGUGCGGUUGAACGAGCUGCCGAUGGACUCGAUGACGGUGUCGGAGCUGCUCCGGUUGCACUUCCUCUCGUCGGGGGCGGUGGUCGGAGAGCGGGCGACCCGGCAUCGGUUCUACAAUCGCGGCGGGUACACCAGCACGGACGAUCCCGGGAUGCGGCUGGUGCAGGAACAUCCGCACAUAUUCCGCGCACUCAAGCUGUACUCCGUCUACCAGCUGCCAGUCGGGGACAUUAUUAAGAUCCUGUGCUGCCUCAUCCACCAGCUGCUUACGUACACGGGUGUGCGUGAGCUGGUGGAGGAGCGCUUGGAGCGAGCGAGAACCGCCCGGAUUAGCUACCAAGCGACUCGGCAGGAUCAGCGACGGCUCACGCUUAAAACCAGCUCGCAAAAGAAUCAGGCACGCGAGGAAAUGCGCAAGGAGCUGGCCGCGUACGCGGGCGAGGAAGGUGCAGCAAAGGAGGCGCACCGCAAGAAGCUGCAGGACAAGCUAAACGAACAGUGCGCGGGGCUGGACGUUGAAGCGCAGCGCCAAAUGAAGCAACUGGAGGCGAAAUCGAACAAGCUGAAGGAGGACUUUUUCGACUAUCAGAUCUAUCUCGGCACGGAUCGGUGUUUCCGUAACUACUGGCUGUUUGAAUCCCUGCCGGGGCUGUUCGUCGAGCACGAUCGGACGUUUGCGGGACGUUGUUUGGAUCACGCCACACCCAACAACCCCGGGUUGGCGCAGUGUGCGCCGGAACAGCGCAAGAAAUUCAUCACCAAAGCGAUAAUGACGUGUGCCGGCACGGAUGGUGUUGCUGGGCUGCUGGACGCGAAGGCAAUUAAUGGCAGCAACGCGGAUGGUGAAUCUGACGCUCAGCUGAACGUGUAUGAGCAGUUGUUGCGUGUUGGUAGCGCAAAAUUGGAGCACAUCGAACGCAAGCAGCGGUUGUUGAUGGAGAAAAAACCCGCCGGACAGCUACCAGUGAGAGGUGAGGAACAACCGGAAGUGACCGGCACCACGCCAGAAACGAUCCAGGUGCCCAGGAUGGAGGAUGGUGUGAAGCCAUUGCCACAUCCGACGAACCACGAGCUGUUCAUGUGUACGGCUGAUCCUGACGAUUGCCCGGUGCAUACGCCACUGCACGGACAAACCAUUAGCUGGGGAGUUUACUCGACGGCGGAACAGCUGGAUGCGUUAAUUCAGAGUCUAAAUUCGCGUGGUGUCCGCGAGAAGCAGCUGCGGGAUACGCUCGAGUGCGAGCGUGAUCUAAUCGUGACCCACAUCGAGAACUGUCCGCUGUUGAAGCUGUCCGUGGAUGCGUCGAACCGGGAGUCGAUCCUCGCGGAUGUGGCGUAUCGCAAUCAGAAGCGCUACGAUGCGCCCAACUUUAGCUUUGAAAAGGGUACGGAACCGAACGAGAUCCUUGAGGCGGUGUUCCGGGAGCAUCUGCUCGAGCUGGAGGCGAAAAUUACGGUCGGUUAUUUGGGUGCGAUGCGGGUGCACAAUCGGGACCGCUGGCGGGAUGCGAUCGAAGGACGCUCGUAUGAUCCGCAGACGGAUGAACCGCUACAGUGGGGCCCUCGGCGGUUGGCCAAGCAACAGGACGAUGGUGGUGGUGGUGGUGGUGAGCGGGAUCGCGAGCAGGAAGCCAGCGAAGCAGCCGGCAAGGACGAUGAGCAUGAUAGCGAGAAUGAUUCCGAGUGGGACGACGUCGAGCGGUUGCUGUCGGAUGUGAAUGAUCCCGGGUACGGGUUGCCGGACACGGCCGUCUCGAUGCUGGAUGAAACGCUCGACACCGAGGACGUGGCGUAUCCGUUGCAUGAUUCCGACGCGCUGCGGAACCGGGUGCAUUCGCUGGCACGCGCUUUGCUUCAGGUGGCGCAAUGCAUCGAUCCGAAGUUCCUGCGGCACCCGUUCGGGCCGAAGAAGGACCACAAGGACAAGAGCGUCAUGAUGCAGUGGCAGUACUAUGGCCAGAAGAACCUCGUCAAGUGGGAGGUGUCCCUGAUGCGGUCGACCUGCUACGCGCAGCUCUUCCUGCACUACAACGUGCUGUCGGAUGCGAUCCACUGGUCACGGUCGGCGGAGCGGAUGAGCUGCAUGAUCUGCCGCCGGAAGGGUGAUCCCGGGCUGACGUUGCUGUGCGACGAGUGUAACCGGGCCUGCCACACGUACUGCCUCAAGCCGAAGCUGAAGAAGGUUCCGGCUGGCGAUUGGUACUGCAUGCGGUGCCGCCCGGCGAACUUUAAGGUGCAAUCCGCGCCGGCGAAGAAGAAGCGCAUUUUCAAGUGGAAGGAGGACGAGGACGUGCAGGAUUUAGCUGAGGAGGAGGAAGAAGAGGAGGAAGAGGAGGAGGUGGAGGUGGUAGUGGAGGAGGAAGAAGAGGAGGAGGAGGAGGCGGAUGGGGAGGACAAUGAGGAAGAGGACGAUGAAGAGGAGGAGGAAGAGGAGGAGGAGGAAGAAGACGACGAAGAAGGUGAAGCGGAAGCCGAAGAAGCAGAGGAAGACGGCAACGAGGAUGAGGAUGAGGACGAAGAGGAAUCGGAAGAAGAAAGUGAAUCCGGUGAAGACGGCGAAGAGGACAACGGCAGUGACGAAGACUACCAAACGGGCAGGAAGCGUUCGAUGGCAAAAGCCCGCCCAAGGCCGGGUGUGGGACGCGCGGUGGCAUCCGCCUCCACCUCGUCCGGUCGCAACAAACGCAAGGCAACGGUAGCGAACGGAUCCGGCUACGGGGACGAUGACGAGGACGAUGAAUACGCGCGUCGGCGCAGGAAUUCCUACGGGCUGGUGCUGCUGCCAAACGGUGCUGGCCGUCAUAAGGAUCGAAAGCGUACCGCGACGAUGGUGGAAACAUCGCAAAAAAGGAAGCGCCAGGGCACGCCGGAAUCAUCGGUGAAUGCGAGCAAACGCACGCGCCGGAACGUGCCGGAUCGUGCAUCCGGUAGUAACGGGCAGCGAAAAGGUUCACCGCGGCAGGACAGCGACGGUGAAGGAUCGAAGGGUCCGCGUACGAGUGCACGCUCGAACAAAGGCCAACGCCGGUCGGGACCGGCCAACGGGGACACUACGGAAGGUGAGGAAACGUCCGGGUUUGCGACAGGUGGGGCAUCGCGCCGUUCGCGCCGUACCGGUGACGAUCUGCCCCUGAACUCGGUCGCCCUUUACACACUGAUCGAUGACAUUCUGAAACACCCCCAAUCGUGGCCCUUCAAUCGUCCCGUUUCCGCCAAGGAGGUGCCAGAUUACUACGCCGUCAUUAAGCAACCGAUGGAUUUCGCGCGCAUCAAAUCGAAGCUCAACAUGGGCGACUACAAAAUCAACGAGCAGAUGCUGAACGACGUUCAGCUCGUGUUUCGCAACUGUGAUCUCUACAACACCGACGAAACCGACGUGUACCGGAUUGGCCGCGAUUUAGAGAGAUACGUCGUGAAGCGGUGCAAGCAGCUGACACUUCCGUUCCUGCCUAGCGACAUGCAAAAAUCCGAUUCCCACCAGAACGGUCCGUCGGGGGCGGGUGUGGUUGGUAAUGGGCUUUCGCCACACGGUAAGUAG